CCUUUGAUUCGCAGGAUAGGAAAAACACAGGAAUAGGAAAAACACAGGAAUUGAAGUAGUAUGAUUCUUCAAUCCCGCAGGAAUCAAAAACAUAGGAAAAAAUGAAAGGUGCCCUUUGAUAGUGCUAUAGGAAAAAUACAGGAUUUCUCUUCCGGUUUGAAUUUGAACAGAUAGCCGUUGGCGUUCAAAGCAAGUACUAGCCGUUGCAUGUCCUUAUAUAUAUUGCUGUAGCUGCAACUGGACAUCAACAAAACUAGCUCACCUCACCUUCGAUUGUAUCGGCCAAGCAUGACAAGAGCUCAAACGUGGCAAUUCAUUUGACCAAACCAUCAGAUUUAUUAUUUGUUGUUGAUUUCCCCUGUGAUUGUCAUGGAUCCAAGUUAUCGACGACGGUCACAGAAUGAAGAUGAGUUCAUGCUUUUUGUUCUCCCUACCAUCGAAGGAGAUUCGUCACAACCAUCAUCUAGUAGGAAACCGAUGCACACAUCAAAACUUUCAGGGGCUUGUCGUGUUAAUGAAAUCUUAACAGGUCAUCAGAGCCUAAGCAAAAGGAAUUUUCGCAUGGAAGUUAAUGUUUUUCGAGCUUUAGUCGAUAAGUUGCGUGAGAAACAACUACUUGCUGAUGCAAGAGAUGUCUCAGUAGAAGAACAAGUUGCUAUAUUCUUGUAUGCACUAGCAAAAAAUGCAAGUAAUGAGACCUUGCAAGAUCAGUUUCAACACAGCGGGCAAACAAUAAGCAAGUAUUUUGGGGUUGUGCUUGAUGCAGUUACACAACUUACAUGUGUAUAUAUACGGCCACCUUUCCUACACCCCCAUCAUAUCUUGAGAAGACCAAAAUUUCACCCCUUUUUUGAGAAUUGUGUUGGCUCUAUUGACGGGACACAUGUACCAAUGAUACUUCCACUAGACCAGCAAGAACCAUACCGGAAUAGAAAGCAAACAAUUUCUCAGAAUGUUAUGGUAGCUUGCGACUUCGAUCUGAAAUUUGUACAUGUACAUGCCGGCUGGGAGGGAUCAGCUUCAGACGCAAGAGUUCUUCAAGAUGCACUAAACCAUGGUUUUGAAGUACCUCCUGGUAAAUUUUUUCUUGUAGAUGCUGGUUAUGCAAAUACAACACAGUUUCUAGCACCGUAUCGUGGGACAAGAUAUCAUUUAAAGGAACAGGGCAGAGCUAAUCAAAAGCCACAAAAUUAUAAGGAGUUAUUCAAUCUUCGGCAUGCACAACUCAGAAACCAUAUAGAGAGAGCAAUUGGUGUAUUAAAAAUGAGAUUUCCUAUACUAAAGACCGGCUCACACCACCCAGCUCGUAAACAAGUUGAUAUUUCGGUUGCCUGUUGUGUUCUACACAACUUCAUACGCCUGCAUAAUGGAGAUAUGGUGUGGCCAAGUAAUUGUCGUUUGGAGAUUGAUCCAGAUCAUAUUGUUGAUGUGCCAAAUGGAGACGAGAACUAUAAUGGUGAUGUACAAGAAUUUAACAACUCUAGAGAAGCUGGGAAUAGAAAACGAGAUGACAUGGCACAUCGGAUGUGGAACCAUUACGUAGCACGAAGGAAAUAAUAUAUUGCAUUUGACCACCAUGGCAUUCAAGGCGUAAUGCAUCACUUGAAAAGGACAAGAAAACUUCCCUAUUAUCCUUACCUUUGAAGAUAUCAGCUGCCACCAAUAUAUCUCCUAUUUGUAGACCAUGUAAACCUUCAAGCACUGUGAUACACUUGUUGAUGCUGUCGAGAUUCAGGAACCUCUGAAGGUGUUUGUGCCGAGCUAGGUGGGACUUUUGUGAGAUGGACAGGGGUAGGUGAAUGCUGUGAAAAGUCCAAAUUGGCUGUCUCAACCUCUUCACCAAAAGGAAAUUGCAAACCUGAUUCACCUGGAGCAUUUGAA